CUUCUCUCCGACAGGUUCGCACCGGUCCGUUUCAUCUGUGAACGCGAAUUCGGACCCGCGCUCGCACGAUGAGUGUCGCCGACAAAGAUCUGGAGGAGACGCUGCAAAAACUGGAGUGUCCCUUCACAUGGGGCGUCAGGAAAAGUGACAUCAAAGAUAUUGCCAACAUACCGGCGAAGCUCCAGCAGCGGGUGGAAUCGGGACCCCGCCGGUGCCAUGCCACGUAUCUCAACUUGUUAGCUUUUCUGAACGACCUGGAUGGGAACAGUGAAAAGGCGCUCGAGUUUCUCCAGAAGGCAGAGACGGUGCUAGAGGAAGACAAAGAGGCGGACACCAUGUUCCUGGUGAACUACGCUAGCUUUGCUUGGGUUCACUAUCGCCUCGGUAACCUGGUCGACACGAAGGCCUACCUUGGCAAGCUAGAGGAAAUCUGCAAGGGCAUUAAAGGGUCCUCGCAGUAUUCCUGCAGCUCGCCUGCAGUCGAAGGCGAGAAAGGAUGGACCUUCUUAUGGCUCGGGGCAACGUUUUACGAGAGGGCAAAGUUGAGUUUCCGGAAGGCCGUCGAGGGGGAGCCGGACAGCGUGUCCUACAACGCAGGAUAUGCAGUGGUCUUGUACCGGCUUGAAGGAAUAGCGUGGGAUACGAGCGUAGUGCCUGCCGCCAGCGAAGCGGUAGUUCAGCUUCGCAGAGCGCUACAGCUGGAAGCCGACAAUGCUGAGCUCAUGGUGCUCCUGGCCCUGAAACUCCAGAAUAGCUGCAAAGGCGAGUCCUUGAAGCUUGUCGAAGACGCGCUGAGGUUGGCACCUGAUGUACCUAAGGUAACUAGGUACGUGGCGAAGUAUCUGCGGCUGGAGGGGUCAAUCGACGAGUCUCUGGAGAUUCUCGGCAGGGCAGUGGCUCUGUCCCCGAAUUCCUCUUUCCUGCACCACCAGAUCGGCCUAUGCCACAAGCAUCAGCUCUUGCAGAUGUUCCAGGCGCAGAACGCGGCGAAUCGAGUCCCUGCGGCCCAGAAGAGGGCCAAAGCUGCAGAAUGCAUCCGCCACUUCAGGAAAGCGGUGGAAAUCAAGCCGUCCAACUUGUACGCCAGAAUUGACCUGGCUGAGGCCUACGGGCAGAAUAGACGGCUGGCCGAGGCCGAGGAGAUCUUCCGGGAACUUCUGAAGGAUGAGUCUCUCUCGGACUUGGAGAGGCAGCGCUGUCACACCUCCUACGGCACGUUCCUCUUCUACAGGAAGAAGGACGACAUCGAGGCCGUGGCUCAGCUCAAAAGCGCGUACAAGCUGCUGGCACAGGGCCACAACUGGGAACAGGCUGGUAGGAAGCUCAGGAAGAUAGCAGAGAAGUGGAUCAGUGCCGGGCAGAGGGUUCGCGAGGCCUAUGAGAUUCUGGACUUCCUGAGUGCCGAGGACAGGCAGGAGAGGCUGCCGUCGGAGGACGUGAGGACAUCUGGAGAGUUCCAUCCUGAAUCUGAUCUCUUCUGAGCCGCCUUCAGCAGCUGACAGCGUGGCGGUUGGAGCUGCUGCUUU